GGCACUUUUCAAAAGUGCCUCCGAAGCUCACAGCCUUCAAGGGCAGUUUUAGAAAAUGCCUUCUAAACAGGGGAAAACAAGGCAUUCUACAUAUGUGCCGCGGAGGGUAGCCAGCGUUUUGGUGUGAAACAGCCCUGCCCAUUACGUUCCAAGGUAAAAAAAUAGAGGUCCUCCAAAAACAAAAAACAGAGAAACACCACGGUCACUGCAGCUUCUCCGUGUUGGGCGCCUCUUCGUCUUCGCCGCCGGCGCCUGCUCCGCCACCGGCUCUCCACGCCGGAGCCUCUGCAUCCGCCGCGACCUGCACCGCCAACCCCACUCCGUGCCUUCCCUCUCUCGUCCCCAAUCUCGGGGUGGGAUUUGUAGUGCGCGGUGAAGAAGAAGGGGAGAUCCAGGCUCGGAGAGGAGGAGGAAGAUCAAGUGGUCCAGGACACGAACUCAUCAGCGGUGACCCCCCCCCCCCCAACCCACGCCAGAGAAGCCAAUGUCAUGUUGUUGUUGAUCCGACGCUCUGCUGCGCACAAGGUGUUCGAGGUAAUGCCUCUUCAUUUUUGUAGUUCAUUUUUCUUCCAGCUUUUGUUGGUGCUAGACUUAUGAAUGAAGAAUCAUUAUGCUAUGACAUCUAGGAUCAACUUGUAUUGUGUGUCAUGUUCUUUUUGUAAUUAUACUAGGAGUGUGGCAACUUGUCCUGUUGAAAUUGGAGCUUGUUUGUUGUUGCCUUGUGUGCAUGGUGGCCUUCUGUUCAUGUUAGAAAACUGCACACAAGCAGUAAGCUAUAUAGAUAGACUGAUAAUCAAACUGCAGGUGCAUUUGGAAUUUCUAUAUAGAACAUCCCUACGUGUUAUCUAGUGUACUAUGUUGCUUCUAAUCUUGUUGCAUCAGGUUUCAGCUAAACUAUUUUCUUGCUACACGUGAGGUCUUCUAUAUAGAACAUCCCUUUGAUUCCGCUAAUAGUAAACUGAUAUUGCUUUUAGAAAUUUCUCUUUGAUGCAUUCAAAUAUUUAUUGUAGAAUUUUAUGUGGUCUCUGCUUUAACAUGUCGUAGAACUUGGGUCUGUUCAGUUGAGAAUGGACAAGAGUUGGAUGCGAGCAGCAAGGUCUUCCGCUGAGUAUUCUAAAGGAACUAUCAACUUCAUACAAUUUGCUUUUCGCGAGUCGGCAAAAAAUAGUAGGAUUCUCUGCCCUUGCAAGAUAUGUGUAAACUCUCAUUGGUUAGGUGAACAUGAAGUCUAUGAUCAUUUGAUUUGUGAUGGAUUCAUGUCCGGAUAUACCACAUUGAUUCACCAUGGAGAAAGUACGCGGCCCUCCGAAGCAACUACUGGUCCUAGUUCACAGUUUGAAGAAUAUGCUGAUAGUGAUGAGAUGGAUGAGAUGCUACUAGAAGGAUUUGGGAUGUACGGUACUCGUACUUUAGGAGAGGAGCAAGAAUCUGAAGAUGAUUUGGACGAUGAUGUUGAGGCAUACUAUAGAUUAGUUGAUGAUGGACGCCAAGAGUUGUACCCAGGUUGCAAAAGAUUCUCGAAGCUGCAAUUUUUGGUGAGGUUGCUUCAUAUCAAGAAUAUGAGGGGAAUGAGCAAUGUCUGCUUUGAUGAGGUAUUGACGCUAAUUAAGGAGGCACUUCCAGAAGGUCAGGCGUUGCCCAAAAAAAUUCAUGGGGCCAAAAAGUUUGCGAGAGCCAUUGGUAUUGGAUAUGAUAGUAUAGAUGCAUGCAAAAACGAUUGCAUUCUAUUUAGGAAGGAACAUGCUGAUGACAUAUCAUGUCCAGUGUGUGGCACAAGUAGAUGGAAGAGCAUAAAUACUGGAGUUGAUGGAAGGCGUGUCCACAAGGUGCCUCAAAAGGUGGUUCUUCAUUUCCCGCUAAAGAAGAUACUCCAAAGGUUGUUCGCUUCUACAAAUACGGCAUCAGAUGUGAGGUGGCACAGCGAAGGCCGCACAAAGGACGACUUGAUACGACACCCAGAUGAUUCACCUGCAUGGAAACACUUUGAUGCUAUUCACAAAGACUUCAGUUCAGAAGUUUGCAAUGUUAGAUUUGGAUUGGGAGUAUAUGGUUUCAACCCUUUUGGAAAUAUGAAUCUCUCAUAUAGCAUAUGGCCUAUCGUCUUGAUCCCCUACAACCUUCCUCCAUGGAUUUGUAUGAAGCAAUCAAACUUUAUCCUCUCUGUCAUCAUUCCUGGUAAAAAAUCUCGAGGGAAAGACAUGGAUGUUUACAUGCAGCUGACCAUAGAUGAUCUUCUAGAGCUUUGGAAUGAUGGAGUCUGGACUUAUGAUGCCUCUCGAUCUAAGAAGUUUCUCUUACGUGCCGCACUACUAUGGACAAUAAGUGAUUGGCCUAGGCAUGGAUCUUUGUCUGGAGAAAAUAUAGUAGUUUGCUCCCAUUGUCUAUCAAAGACAUGAUCUCUUUGAUUAAAGAAUGGACACAAGAAAUGCUAUAUGGGACAUCGCAGAUUCUUGGAACCUAAUCACGAGUUUUGAUUUGAUGCUGAGUCAUUUGAUGGUUUUGAGGAACAUCGAGAGCCUCCCGUUCCCCUUUCAUCACAUGACAUUUCAAUAUUGACAAAGGAUAUGAAAACUACGUAUGGGAAACUGCAGCAGAAGAGCAGCAGGAAGCAACAUUGUAAUCAGGUAGAUGAGAAUGAUACAAGCGUGCAGCAAGACACUUCAAUAUUCAGAAAGAGAAGUUACUUCUUUCAGCUGCCAUACUGGGAAACACUUCUAUUGCGUCAUAAUCUGGAUCCUAUGCACAUAGAGAAGAAUGUGUUUGAGAAUAUUGCCCAUGCCCUUCUGAAUGUUAGUAAAAGAUCAAAGGAUAAUCUAAAUGCACGUCUUGACCUACAAAAAUUGAAUAUACGCCAAGACCAACAUCCAGAUUUAACUAGGAGCAGGGGCGAAUCUACUAGGGGGGCUUUGACAAGCUUGAGCCCCCCCUCUAGAACUGAAAAAGGUUUUUUUACUACUAGUCUCAAGGCCCAAAUCAGCCACAUGCCAGCCCAACCCAACAUACAUUUGCAUGAUACAGACUUGCAUAAACUUUGAGCCCACUCUCUAUUUUCUGUCUAUAUUCGCCACUGACUGGGAGUAAACCAUACCUACCUCCAGCAUUAUACUACUUGGAUUCACACGGUGCUAAGAUGUUUUGCCAGGUUCUAAAGGAUGCUAGGUUUCCUGAGGGCUAUGCAUCCAACUUGCACAACAAAGUGGAUAUAGUGAGAACGAGAUUAAAUGGACUAAAGAGCCAUGACUGUCAUAUUAUAAUGCGUGAUCUGUUGCCCUUAGCCAUUAGGAGAACUUUGCCUAAAGAUGUUUGUAUUCCAUUGAUGCGUUUGUGCAACUACUUCAAGCAAUUAUACUCUAAGGUUAUCACUGUGAGUGAGAUACAAAAGUUGGAGGAUGAGAUUACUGAAAUCAUGUGCCAAUUGGAGAAAGUAUUUCCUCAUGCCUUUUUGACAUCAUGGAACACUUGACCCUUCAUCUUGCAACUGAAGUACGGAUUGCUGGACCGAUGCUACUGAAGCAUGAGGGCUGUUGAGAGGUUUUUGGGCAAGUUAAAGAGUAUGAUCCAUACGCUAAGUCACCUAGAGGGAUCAAUAGCAGAGGGAUAUGUUUUGGAUGAUACUCUUACAUUUUGCUCAAGAUGUACUUGUGUUACAUUGUUGGCCCUUUGUUGCUGAUUGAUACUUUGAUGUUGUUUUCGAAUUUGUGGAGAUGUUCUAAUGCUUUACAUUAUUCGCUUGCAAGAUGGUACUUCUAGUCCAUGCAAGCCUCUCAAUCUUGUUGUACUGUUGUAUAUAUGUGUUUGUACAGUGGUUCCAAAUUAGUGA